AUGGAGGACUUUCUAAAGAAAACUACUGACCUCGUGGGGUUGGCAGUAUGUGCGACGGAACCAGAUGUUAAAAAAUUAGAAGACCUAACUCAGGGUGGCCAAAUAGAAGAGGUGAUUCUUCAGGCUGAAAAUGAACUAAGUCUGGCGGGAAAAAUGAUGCCGUGGAAACCAUGGGAGACAUUGGUGGAAGGGCCUCCUCCUGGCCGAUGGAAAUGGCCAAUAAAAUCAUUAGCAGACGGCUUGUGUGUUGAAGGGAAACUGAUGUCAUUAAACGUCUGUUACAUCGAAAAUAUGUCCAUAUUAUUGACAUCUAAUAAUCAAGAAAACUGA